AUGAAAGCGACAGUGAGCCCACUGCUGCUCGUGCUGGUACUUGUUGGCACGUGCCGGGCAGCACCGUUCAAAGGAACGCGAACCUACAACCUCGAGACGGACGCGGACCGGUACGGCCGGUAUGAACGCGUCCUGCUUGGGUUACGUUCGUCCGAGGGCCUAAGGGUCGAUCCGGCACUGCUGGAGGAGGUGCGUCAGGUGCUGGUGCAGGAAGAGAAACAGGACACAUCCGGUCCGGUCGAAGUACGGCUCUACCAGCCACUCCAAUCGCGCCACAUUGCCGAGUUGCUGUACCGGGCUCGGCUUGGACCUGCUGCGGACCACAAGCGCACUCGAUAG